AUGGUGCUUGGGAGGGGCCUCUGGGGGCUGAUGCUGCUCCUGUCUGUUGCUCUCUAUGGCUCCCACGCUCCGCUCUUGACCCUCACUAAAGAAAACGGCCAGAUCCCAUUCAGCGCCUCCUCUGCAGUGGUUCUGACUGAACUGACAAAGUUAGUCCUCUCCUUGGUUUUCCUGCUCAUCUGGGACUGGAAGCGACUAAGAGUCUCAGUGUCCUGGUAUCACGCUGCCCCCUUCGCACUCUCCGCAUUGCUUUAUGCGGCUAACAACAACUUGGUGGUCCAUCUGCAGCUGUUCAUGGAUCCUAGUACUUACCAGGUGCUGAGCAACCUAAAGAUCGGCAGCACGGCCCUCCUGUUCAGCUGCUUCUUGCACCAAAGAUUGUCUCUGCGCAAGUGGCUCGCGCUUCUCCUGCUGAUGGCUGCAGGGGCCUUUUAUGCACACGGAGGCCUGCAGGCCGUGCCGCGAUCCCCUGCCCCCGGCAUGCCGCUGCACAUCACCCCGGUCGGCCUGCUGCUGAUCUCCCUGUACUGCUUGAUCUCGGGCCUUUCGGCUGUUUAUACUGAAAGGGUCUUGAAGGCCCAGGAGCUUCCUCUCAACCUGCAGAAUAUGUUCCUUUACUUCUUCGGGGUUUUGCUGAAUAUGACGAUACAUCUGUUCAGCAGCUCAGCCUCUGCUGAAGGCUUUCUGGAGGGUUUCUCAUUUUGUGUGCUGUUCGUUAUUGUAAGCCAAGCCCUGAAUGGGCUGAUAAUGUCUGUGGUCAUGAAACACAGUACGAACAUCACCAGACUUUUUGUGAUUUCUAGUUCUAUGAUGGUCAAUGCACUGCUCUCUGUCCACCUGUUUAGUAUGCACCUCACACCCUGUUUUUUCUUUUCCGUGCUGCUGAUUUGCUUUGCUCUUUACCUGUAUUACGGAGUCAAGUAGCUGCUGUGCGCUGUCCUUUCACCCAGCUCCGUGAUACGGAAGCAACUCUCUGCCAGAUUAAGUGCUGCUUACACAGCACCUCCUUGAACUUCACUUCGUUUGCUUGCGAACGAGGGACGCCUUGGGCAGCCUUCCCAGCAUGGUGCCCGUCAAGAUGGCGUGGGGUGGGCAGGUGGCCUGCCUGCCCGCCCUCGGGGAACAUUCAGGCCUCUCUGCUGCAAGAAACCCAUUUUUCUGAGUGGGCUGCAGCAGAGACCUGAAUAUCUUCAUGCCGACUUUAUCAGUAGCUGAUCAAGGUCACAUGAGAAACCAGGUGGCUCUGUUGGGGCCUGUUCGCCUGUCACCAUUGUGAAUGGUGACGUUGGGCAGAGGGGGGUCUAGGGAUGCCUGUUUCUUGCCCACAAGGCUGAAGUCUGCUGUCUUGUCCACUCGCGGAAUUUGGUAGAAUUUGCAAUGCCAGCAAGACCGUGGACUCCAGCAUCAGUCUCCUGCUUUCUCACCCCACGGUUCGUGGCAGGGCUGCACCGAGGCUUCCUGGGGGAGGAAUCCGCAGCGCUUUCCCUUAAGGUGCAUGUCUCAGAGCCUGUGCGGGGGGUGGGGGGAGCUCUGCUUGUCAGUAUUUUUAAAAAUUCCCUGCUAUUGACUUAGAGGUAAUUGGCAAAGUUAAUUGCUGUCCCUUCUCUUCAGAGGAACUGCUUGCCAAUCUCUUCCCACAGCGCUUCUCUUCUAACCCAGCUGGCUGGCAAGCGUCACAGAUCACAAAGUGCCUUCUGCAACGUAUGCUUUGCUCAUGUGCUGCCUGCUGCUGAAGGACUCUCUUCAUGGCAGUUUGUGACAUUUUUCCAGAACCCUCCAAGAGAAUCAAUGAGUUGUUCCCUGUUGCUUUACCUCCCUGCCUCAAUAAAUCUGAAUUUAUUGGAUUGCUGGAUUAUGUAGGAAUAGCUCCCAGCCAUUUAAAUGCACAUGCCUGCUUUUCCAGGUGAAGCUUUGAAUUGUCUUCUCCUGAGUUGGGUUCCUGAGCAUUGAAACUAUGCAAUCCAGAGUGAGCGGAGUUGUUCCUUCACCAUUAAAGUGUUUUGUCAGAUUCUGGCAUCAUUUGCAUUUCUUGCUGCCGCCCAGUUGCUCAUCUCCCGCAGCGCGCUCUGCAAGACUUCCUACACCACUUUAGCUGCUGCUUCUGCAGGGGUUAUGAGGGGCUCUGGGUGCCUCUUACGCUCAGGCAGCUCGGGGCGCUUUCCGACAGUGCUCCUUGUGCUGCCAGCGACAUUGGUGUGCAGCUAUUACUUUUCUGAAUGAAGGUUCUGCAGUAAGAGAAAAGAAAGAAGUGGAAAAUGCAGGAGGUCUACACGGUAAAGGCAGUAUCUGGAUUCUCCAUAAAAUUACGUUAAAGAGACAUGUAUCUCUUGUUGCAACUUGUCCUAGCAGUUCUUUGGUGGUGGCAGGGAGCUGUUUCAUCUUUCCUGGGUCGUAAUUAAAAUGCUUUGCUGAAGCAAUGAUGGGUUUCCAUGUAGAUUCAUAUAUGCUCAGGUACAACUCCUAUGCACCAACCACAUGGCUAAGCUGGAAUAAGAAAUUAUUGUUUCCAGUUUUGUUUUUAACUCCCUUUCUUUUUGUUCAUUUGUUGCAAAGGUCAUUGAAAAUGUUGGAACAUACUAAGCUGCAUGUGGUAAAAAGACUUGCGUGAAGUGGGCAUUUUGCUUGCUAAAUGCAGCCAGAUACAUUGGUGCUCAGACUCAGCUUGUGCCUCAUACUGCUCUUCUUGCACAAGCUCUUUGCAGCUGGUCCGCUUUGCCUCCAUGGCAGCCAUUUUAUGAUGACCCCCACAAAAGUUUCCCAGCUGCCCAAAUACACUUAAAGACGCAGAAACAUGGGAGGGCCAGUGCCAACGGUGUAAAGGGCCCAGGUUUUACAAGACAGUGGUGGCAUGAAAGGGAAGGAGGAAUUGCGUGUUUGUAGGCGGCAAGUUGCUCUUCAAUGAGUUUGGAGCAUUAUUCCUCAGUUCUUGUGAAAUCGUAAUGACAGCACCUUAAAUUAGCCGGAAGCAAAUAUGGAACCAGUCACGCCCUCCUGACAACCAGGCUGCCUCCCCAGGGCAGUGUGGGGACGUCCCUGUGGCAGUUCUAGGCCUUUCUGCUCAUGGGGGCCUUUCAAGGCAAUGUGUGGAAACCACGGCCUCCCAUCGACAGUGGUUUGAUUUGGUUGCUCUGCGUUUUGUUAGGUGUUGUGUUCAACAUUGUGUCUGUUUUAUGUUUUUUAUGCCUUGAGUACUUUGUAAUAAGACAGUCUUCAAAUGUCACAAAUAAAUGAAAUAUUGGUAUUGAA